ACGCCCAGCGAGCGGCAGUGGGCGGAGUCUGUCGUGUCCGGGAGUGAAUGAAGGAGCUGCUGUGGAGGAGCGGAGGGUCAGAGGAGGAGAACACACACACACCGCGGUCACCUUCAUCUUCAUUAUCAUCAUCUUUAUCAUCGUCAUCUUCAUCUCCAUCAUCAUCCUCAGCUCCAGCAUGUCGGACUCGGAGAUGUCGGAGUUCGCCAGUCUCGUGGAGCGCCUCGACAGAGGAGAGGUGCCGAUGAAGAGUAUCGAGCGUGAGCUGAUCUGCCCCAUCUGUAAGGAGCUGUUCACACACCCGCUCAUCCUGCCCUGUCAGCACAGCAUCUGCCACCGCUGCGUGAAGGAUCUGCUGUUCCCCAACCAUGAGGAUUCAUUCAGCACCGACGCCGGCUCCGAGAGCUCCAACCCGGGCAGCCCGCGCUCCAGAGUGCCCUCGCCCGGCCUGGACAAGCUGGUGCGCUCAGGCUCCGUUUGCUCUCCGGGAUGGCGGCGCUCCUCCGUGACUCCCCGUGUCACCUCCUUCCCGUGCCCGGGCUGCCAGCAUGACAUAGACCUCGGGGAGCGCGGCAUCAGCAUGCUGUUCCGGAACUUCACUCUGGAGAGCAUCGUGGAGCGCUACCGUCAGGCUGCACGCGCCGCCGUGGCCAUCAUGUGCGGAGUGUGUAAGCCGCCACCGCAGGAGGCCACCAAGAGCUGCAUGGACUGCAAGGCCAGUUUCUGCAACGAGUGCUUCAAACUGCACCAUCCCUGGGGGACGCCCCGCGCCCAGCACGAGUAUGUGGGACCCACCACCAACUUCAGGCCCAAGGUUCUGAUGUGUCCAGAGCAUGAGAUGGAGAAGGUGAACAUGUACUGUGAGGUUUGCCGCCGACCCGUCUGCCACCUAUGCAAGCUGGGCGGUUCUCAUGCCAACCACAGGGUGACCUCCAUGAGCAGCGCAUACAAGAUCCUGAAGGAGAAACUCUCCAAGAGCAUCCAUUACCUGAUCAGCAAAGAAGAGCAGGUGCGCACUCAGAUUACUGCGCUGGAGCUGCUGAUGCGCAGCACGGAG